AUGACUCAAAACAAGGUGAAUGACAAUGUGACGCUGAUUACCGCCGGCAGCGUCUCGGGGCUCUUCAGUGCGACGAUUACGUACCCGUUCGAGUUCUUGAAGACAGGCCUGCAACUGCACAGGAAUGUUGUUGCUGCCAAACCGUUUGAAGUCCUGGGGUACCAGGUCCGGACGUACUUUGCUGGGUGUUCUGCAGUCAACAUCGGUGUGGUUAUGAAGACCUCGCUGCGGUUCCUGGCCUUUGACAAGGCCUCUGAGUGGCUGAGACCACCCGCUCUCGCUAAGGAUGCUCCCUUGUCCGGUGUGCAGUUGCUCAUGGCCGGUGCUCUGACGGGGACCAUGGAGUCCCUGUGUAUAAUACCGUUUGAGAACGUGAAAGUGGCCAUGAUCCAGAACUCCCUGCUGAGCCAUGAAAGGUUGAACACGACCACGAGCAAUGUCCAGGGACAAGUCGCCAACGAGGUCAAGAAGACAUUUCAUAAAAAACCCACACUGCGAAGCUCCUAUGAAGCACUGUUCCCUGAGAAACUGCCAACCAAUGUGCUCACUACCGCUGCAGAACUGUACAGGCAGCACGGCCUAAGGGCUUAUUUCAAAGGUACCAUGCCCACACUGAUGAGACAAGUCGGUAACUCAGUGGUGAGGUUUACUACGUUCACGAUGUUGAAGCAGUUUGCUCCUAAGGAAUAUCAGAAUAACGAAUACUUUGCUACAUUGCUCGGACUGAUCUCGUCUUGUGCAGUGGUAGGUGCCACGCAACCGCUAGAUGUGAUUAAGACACGGAUGCAGGCCAAGGACUCGGUGCUGCUUUAUAGAAACUCAAUAAACUGUGCUUACAGGAUAUUUGUUGAAGAAGGGUUUGCCAUGCUGUGGAAAGGUUGGCUGCCAAGACUGAUGAAAGUGGGGCUGUCAGGAAGUGUGUCCUUCGGUAUAUACCAGUACACUGAAAACAUGAUUGCACUUAUGAGACAGGAAAGAUACCUCGAAUGA